CUAGACACAUCCUCAAUAUCAGGAGACUGGGGCUGGCUAACAUACCCAUCACAUGGGUGGGAUUCCAUCAAUGAGAUGGAUGAGUAUUUCAGCCCCAUCCACACGUACCAGGUGUGUAACGUGAUGAGUCCCAGUCAGAACAACUGGCUGAGGACAGGCUGGAUCGCUCGUGACGGAGCCAGGAGGAUCUACAUUGAGGUCAAGUUCACCCUCCGGGACUGUAACAGCAUGCCUGGAGUCCUGGGAACCUGCAAGGAGACAUUUAACCUGUACUACUAUGAGUCAGACCGAGCGGUGGGCACGGCCAUAAAAGAGACCCAGUUCACCAAGAUCGACACCAUCGCUGCUGAUGAGAGCUUCACUGGAGUGGACCUGGGAGUCAGGAGACUCAAACUCAACACUGAGGUUCGAGGUGUGGGCCCCCUCACUAGACGAGGCUUCUACCUGGCCUUCCAGGACAUCGGGGCGUGCAUCGCCCUGACCUCUGUGAGGGUGUACUACAAGCGCUGCUCGGGCGUGGGCCGCAACCUGGCCGUGUUCACUGACGUGGUGACGGGCGCUGACUCCUCCUCCCUGGUGGAGGUCAGGGGUCAGUGUGUGGACCACGCCGAGGAGAGAGACACGCCCAAGAUGUACUGCAGCGCCGAGGGGGAGUGGCUGGUGCCCAUCGGGAGGUGUGUCUGCAGUGCGGGGUUCAAGGAGCACAGGGAGUCCUGCAUCGCGUGUGAGGUGGGUUUCUAUAAGCCAGUAGCAGGUGAUGGGUUGUGUGGGAAGUGUCCUCUACAAAGCCACUCAGAGACCAGAGCUGCCCUCUCCUGCCCCUGUGACUCCAGCCAUUACAGAGCCCCCACCGACACCCUUGCUGCACCCUGCACACGCCCCCCAACAGCUCCAGUAAACGUGAUAUCGUCAGUUAACGGGACGUCAGUGAAUCUGGAGUGGGGGCGACCGCUGGACUCUGGGGGUCGCAGUGACCUGCUGUACAGUUUGCUCUGUCAGAAGUGUUCUGGGGAGGGGGGGCAGUGUGAGGACUGUACAGCAGGGACAACCAUACCGGUGCGGUUCGUUCCCCGGCAGAGCUCUCUGACCGAACCCUGGGUGACUGUUCUAAACCUGGUUGCUCACGCCAACUACACCUUCCGCAUCCUAGCGAUGAAUGCAGUGACUCAUCUGAGCAACGAGCUGCCGCCCUUCGCCUCUGUCAACAUCACUACGAACCAGGCAGCCCCCUCCCAGGUAAUUGCGAUUCGACAAGAGAACGCAAGUCAGAAUAGUGUCACUCUGCUGUGGCACGAACCAGACCAGCCCAACGGAGUCAUACUGGAGUAUGACGUCAAAUACUACGAGAAGGAUAAGGAGCAGCAGAGUUACUCCACCCUGAAGGCCAAGGGGACCACGGCCCGGGUGUCUGGUCUGAAGCCCGGUACCAGGUACAUCUUCCAGGUCCGGGCCAGAACCUCGGCAGGCUGCGGACGCUUCAGCCAGAACGUGGAGAUCCAGACCGGGAAAGCAAUUCCUCUGCGCUACGACACUAUGACCAUCAUCUGGAUCUGUAUGGUCCUGGUCUCUGGCCUCGUCACCUUCCUGGCCAUCGUCAUCUGCAGGAAACGACACUGUGGCUAUAGCAAGGCCUUCCAGGACUCUGAUGAGGAGAAAAUGCACUACCAGAAUGGCCAUGGUGCGUUUGUAUUAUUAUUACUAGUCUAUUAUUACAUUUCCCUUCCUAUGUCAUUCCCCGACACACGUUUCUACAUCGAUCCACACACCUACGAGGACCCCUGCCAGGCCGUCCAUGAGUUUGCCAGAGAAAUUGAAGCUUCCAGGAUCAAACUGGAGAAAAUCAUUGGCUCAGGUGAGUUUGGGGAGGUGUGUUACGGGCGGAUGCGUCUCCCAGGGAAGAGAGACAUCCCGGUGGCUCUGAAGACGCUGAAGGCAGGAUACAGUGACAAGCAGAGGAGAGAAUUUCUGGCUGAGGCAUCAAUCAUGGCCCAGUUUGACCACCCUAACAUCAUCCACCUGGAGGGAGUGGUAACACGCAGUAAACCAGUCAUGAUCAUCACUGAGUACAUGGAGAAUGGAUCUCUGGACUCUUUCCUGAGGAGACAUGAUGGUCAGUUCACUAUAAUCCAGUUGGUGGGCGUGCUGCGUGGCAUCGCUGCAGGUAUGACCUACCUGGCAGACCUGGGCUACAUCCACCGCGACCUGGCAGCUCGUAACAUCCUGGUCAACAGCAACUUGGUGUGUAAGGUGUCUGACUUUGGCCUGUCUAGAGUCCUGGAGGACGAUCCCGAUGCAGCAUACACCACCAGCGGUGGUAAGAUUCCGAUCCGCUGGACAGCACCGGAGGCCAUCGCCUACAGGAAGUUCUCCUCAUCCAGUGACGUGUGGAGCUACGGCGUGGUCAUGUGGGAGGUGAUGUCAUACGGGGAGAGGCCAUACUGGAACCUCACCAACCGAGAUGUGAUAAAAUCAGUAGAGGAGGGCUACAGGCUGCCUGCUCCAAUGAGUUGUCCAGGUGCUCUACACACUCUCAUGCUGGACUGCUGGCAGAAGGAUCGGAACGAGAGGCCUCGCUUCUGCCAGAUUGUUACGGUUCUAGACAAGCUUAUCCGGAACCCGGAGAACCUUAAGUCCAUGGACACGCUGUGCAGGCUGGGGGUGACACUGAUGGGCCACCAGAAGAAGAUCAUGACCAGUGUACAGCUGAUGCGUGUUCAGGUGCUCAACAGGAGUGUGCCCUCAGUGCAUGUGUAA